UUGGAACUCCUGCCACCCCCCGCCACCGCCCGGGCCUGUCUGCUGCCCUGAAACCAUGUCCGAGUUGAAUUUCUUGGCCCUGAGCGCCCUGUUGCUGGCCUGCCUCUUGCUGAUUAGCCUGCUGGGACUGGCCUUGUACUCGGGGCUACUGUUCAAGGUGUCAGUGCGUUCCGGCCCACCGCCCAUCCGCGCUUUCACCCUGGCCUACAAAUACAAGCAGGGUCCGUACCGGGAAGCGGGCCGGCUUUUCACCAAGAUCACCAGCAUCGCGCCCAAGCUCAGCUCCGUUGGAAUCUACUAUGACGACCCCAAGCAGGAAUCCGAAGAGAAGCUACGGUAUGUAGCAGGCAGCAUCCUAAGUGAGGGUGAUGAGAAACCAUCUGAAGAGCUGAUCAAACUCUUUGAGAAAUUCGGCUUCAAGAUAAUCUCCUUCCCAGAGGUCACACACGUUGUUAUGACAACUUUCCCUUUCACGACCUUUCUCUCACUGCUCAUAGCGAUGUACAGGGUGUACCCAGUCCUGAAUAAUUACAUCAAGGAACGGAAGCUUUGUGCCCACCCAUGCCUGGAGAUCUAUCGGGGAGACCUGAUCUAUUUCAUGUGCCCUCUGGCACGGCAGGGUGACUUCUAUGUACCUGAACUAAAGGAGGCUGACAAGAAGCAGAAAGAGGAAGAGGCAGAUGAUGCACAUACAGACGCAGGUGCAGAUUCAUUCAGUGACAACAGCUCAGUGACUUAUGAGGCGUACACAGAGAGCAGGGAAACCUCACUGGCAAAGUCAGUCACCCCUGACCUGACCAACAAGGAACUUGAGGACAGCGACAAGAGUGACAAAAGUGAGUCGGUCACGAGCGGAUCAUCCUUUGAGGAACUCGAUCUGGAAGCUCACAAUAAUGGGGAGCGGCCCGGGGUCACUCAGCAGGGCUCUGAGGCUAAGAAGGAGCAGGAUCAACUGACAGAAACCAAGAAUUCUCUGGAUAUCAGGAGAAUGGAGGAAGAAUAAAAAUAGAAGGAAUUAUAUAAGGAUCCUAUUGGGACCACGCACAUAACUUUGCCUGGCGACUUUCCUUGUGAUAAGGUACUGAAGGCUUGCUGCAACUCCAGAGAAAUAUAACCAAUUGUUAACCAAUAAAAUAGCUUGGAAUUAGUUUGUCUCGAUUGAAGAUGAAGCCUGCAUCAAUGUGUCUAUAAUACUGUAUUCACAAACUUGAGCAACAUUUAUUCAUUUUUUAAAUAAAUUCAAAUAUUUGGCUUUAACAAGUAAAAAA